AUGUCUUCUUUCGCUUUCUUCUUGCUCUGCGUUCAAGCAUGCUUGAUCCAGAAUGUAUACAGUCAGUGCCUCGGCGCUGGACUUGGCUUGGGUUAUGCUCCAGGAUUAAUUGGUGAAUACGGAUUGGGAUGUGGACCUACUUUAGCCAAUGAAUUUGCUUACGGACCUGGAAUCGGUCUUGGAUACGGUCUCGCUGGCCCUGGCGCCCUUGGCUACCCAGGGGGCAUUGCUGGUCCAGCCUACGGAGGCGCAGGUAUUGCCUACGGAGGCGCAGGUAUUGGUGACGUAGCAGUCGCUGGCGAGAUGUGUGUCGGUGGUAGCACCCUAGUAGCUGGUCAGGUGCCGAUUCUGGGCGCUGUUAGAUUCGGUGGUGAAGUUCCAGCUGGUGGUGUUGUCUCCAUCACCGGAAGCUGCGGUGGAAACUGUGGUUGCGGUUGCAAUGGUCCUUACCUGUACUGA